AUGAAGUUAUUAAGAAGAUCAUCAUCAAAGGGUGGGCGAUCCAAGCCCAAUGAAGGUUGCAAAAGACACCCAAAGCAUCGCCAAUCUCCGGGGGUUUGUUCACUUUGUUUAGUCGACAAACUCUCUAAGUUACCAUCACCACCUCAUUGCACUUCCACUAUUCGUACUGCUACUAAACUUGCAGAUUCCAAUUGUUCUCCAUCAUCAUCAUCUUCUUCUUUGUCAUCUCCCUGUUCGUCAGCUUCAGAUUCAGCUUUAUAUUCUUCUUCUUCAUCUCCCAUGCAUCGUUAUCGUUUUGGUAAAGAUCGGGGUGCGGGCUCUUCGUUUUCUUUGUUAUGGUUCAGUGGGAAGAAUUUACUCACUAAAAGCAGAUCAGUAGCUUUUGUUUCGAGAAUCGAAAACAAUGGUUAUGAUGAUAAGAAGAAGAAGAAGAAGAAGAAGAUCAAUGGUGGGUUCUUGUCAAAGUUGAUACAUUAA